CAAACCGAUCCACGCAAAUGGUAUUCCCACUAUUCACUGUUGACUUGUCUAGACUUUUCUUUUUGUUUGGUUGAAACAAUUAAAAAAACGCUAAUUGAUAUGCAAGAUUCUCUCGUACAGCUAAGAUCGUUGUAAAGAUCUGGGAAAUCCAAUGGGAUAAUGUACCUGCUUGACAUGAUUGUACAAGCCACGAUAUACGCAAUUGAUUUGUACUGCGUAUGACUUAAUUGUUUCGAUGGAAGGGCUACGGCGGUUUUGCCUUUUAGCAGACACACAAGACGGAAAUGGGAAUCUAGAUGGAGGGAUCUAGAUCGAGUAAUGUACAAUCAGAGAAGCAUGAUAGCUUAUCAUAAGAAUAGAAUUGAUAAUCAAUCUUUAUAGUUCACCAUCAUCAACAUCAACUAUCUUCGUCAUCUUCCGACCUCUCAAGUUUGCUAUCUUCAUCUUUUCUCGCCAAGAUGAGGAUCAGCUUUGCUUCUGGAACAGCACUCAUAGCCGGCUUUUUGCUAUCGAGGAUAUCAUCAGCAAGGGCAUCAUGUGAAUGUGGUUAUCAUGAUCCUUCAACAAAUGUUCUAUGGACAGAUGCAACAAUUGUGUAUUUCAACGAAACUGGAAUGGAUCAAGUCGUAAUACCAACAAAAUCUCCUGGAAUUUAUGGUGAUUCUACAGCCGGAGAUACCGGCUUGGGACAAGAAGCAUUUGCAGCAAUAGGUGACUUGGUCAAUCCGUGGGAAGAAGAUUUCGGUGCAACCUAUCGUUCAGCGGUUAGCUAUAAUAACACAUAUGCUGAUAAUAUGACUUCUACCAGCGGUCUUGCAAUGCAAAUUUCACCGGUAAACUUGAAAAAUCACAUCGUUAAUGGAUCGCAAAUCGUUACCCGUCGUCGUGAUAUUCAAUACGGUUCUUUCCGUGCAAUGAUUCAACAUGCAAACACAACAGGCUAUGGAGGUGCAUUCAAAUUCGGCGUUUCAUACAAUGAAAGUGAAACGGUUGAUAUGGGCAUCUUUUUAUCCGACAAUCCGCAAAAUUCUACAUUACGUUGGAGUUUCUCUGCUUCAGGGGCUAAUGCAGAUCCGGUCAAGACAAAUUUGACAUAUCUGCAUGACGGUUCUGAUCCACGUAACGUAAAUCUGACAUGGUUGAAUACCGAUUCACCCAUUGAACAUCGUUUGGAUUGGUUAAAUCAUAAAAUGGUUCAAUUUCGUAACAACGGCUUGAACUCAUCAACGGAUUUCUUGGCCUAUGAGAAAGGUGUCAAUGCCACAAAUAUACCCACCACUCCUGCUCCCGUCAGUUUCCAGACUUGGGCAAAUGGAGAGCCUACUGUCAGUCAAGGUCCACCGAUGUAUCAACCUUUGGUCACAAGAGUUCUCUACGUUCGUUUCUUCUACAAUUCAACUCUGCUUGCUCGACAUGAUCAAUUUUCUGAGCAAUGUCAGUCUACUCGUGCUGCUAUUUGCAGUACAGAAGACUUGACGUUGCGAAACAGUACAACAUUCUCGCCAGAAUCUCUUUUACGUGUGUUGCCGAUCAAAACACACUUCAAAUCACCCCUCUGGGCCAUUGUUCCAACGUCUUUCUUUGCUGCUCUAUUCAUCGCAGUCGUCAUUCACGGUAUGGUCAUCAAUGCCGCCAAGAAAAAGAAUGGUCAAGGACCACCUGCACUUUCAGGAGAUGGAGAUAACCAAUCGGUCCACUCCAAACGUCCAAAGAGUGGUUUACGACCAUUGGGGCUUUCGCAAGGUGAUGAACAUUCAAAGAGAUAUUUGGCAAACGUUUCCAGUUUACAUGAACAAAAUCCCGAAAUUCCUGAAUUAUAUCAUGAUUGGGAAGAUAGUGGAUCGGAAUACGAUAGCGAUGAAUUUGAUGAUGCAGAAGUGAUUGAAGGAGAAAUCGAACCACAACCACAACAACGUGGUUCAAGAGUAAGACGGUUGAGUAGCAUGCUCAUGCGAAGAAGGAGUAGCGCUAAACACAACGGCAAAAAUCGUGAUAGGAGUAGUUCGAUGCGAAUGUCAUUCUUGGGAAAGAGUAAUCAUGGUCAUACCGAAAGUACUACCGCUCUCACUUCUCCCAUGCCAGCACUCUCUCGUUUUGAUUCGUAUAGAUUUGGCGGUCCAAGUAUGAAAGAAGGAGAUCAACCAGAACACACACCCGCUGAUCAAAAGCCAGAUCCUUUUGGCGGACAAAAUGUAGAUCACACAAGACCGAAAUCAAGAUGGCAACCACUUUCACGUCCUACAAUUGUGAAUUGGCAAAGACGUACAGAUGAAAGUUCAGUAGGUCAAUUGGCUCAACCGAUCAAUCCUGAUCCAAUCACACAUCGAUUAAGUAUCGUUCCCGUUCAACAAUCUUUCGUUUAUAUGAUGUUUCAACGUUUACAUUCUAUGAUCUUUAUCGGUAGUGAUGGAAUGAGAACUGCAACGGGCGAACGUCGUAUAGAUUAUUUGGAUGGUAUACGUGGAUUUGCAUGUUUGGGUGUUUCGGUUGCGCAUUUCAUCUUGAUGUUCUAUCACGGUGUGGCUGAUACCAAUCCACUUUCGUACCAUUAUCCAGAAAUGGAAAAAUGGUUAAGAAUUAUCAUAGGUCCAACAUACGUCAAUGCCGGAUUAUUGUUGGGCAUCUUCUUCUUGAUGCCUGCACGUACAAUGUGUCAAAGGUAUCUAUUGAAAGGUGGCUUGUCAACUAUGGCAGACAGUACGGUUCGUCGUCUACCUCGUUUGAUGUUACCCGUUCUAGGAGCAUGUCUUGCAAAUUAUAUGAUGAUCGAUGUUGACGGGUAUAAAUGGGUUCGUAGAUUGGCCUCAAGAACAUAUUCUACUUGGGCAUACUAUCAAAAUUACGAAAACGUUUUGGUCUUUAUCAAUUCUUACAUCACCUUGUGGUGGGCCGCUCCACCAGACAGUCCCGCUUUGGUUACAGGAUAUGCUACCGGUGUACUUUGGACAAUUCCACUUAUCGUUCAAGGUUUAUGGACGUGUAUGUUAUGUGCUUUGGUUGCACAUGAAAUCAAGAAAGCAUGGAAGCGAUACACAUUCUAUGCUAUCUGCGUCAUCAUUUCUUGGUACGUCAACAGUUGGGAUAUGUUCUUCAUGGGUGGUUUAAUCGUUGCCGAUUUGGAUAGCAAAUUGGAUUAUCGUACUUGGGCUGAGAAAGGUGUUCCGAUCUUGAUCAUCCCUGGCGUUCGUAUCAAAGGUUCAGUCUUUGCUUGGGCAUUCUUCCUGGCAUGUGCCGUUCAACAAUGGUUCUUAGUCAUUCCUAAUGGUCCAGGAGGCGAUUUGAAUAUGAUAGAAUACGGAUAUCAUCCCAAUUUCAACACCUCAAAGCAACACAAUUCCUUGCAAGCCGACAUGAUUUAUCAUUAUCAAGAUCCACGUGUUUGGAGCUGGCUAUGGUGUAUGUCAAUCUUUAUUUUGGUCGAUCUUUCUUCUUGGUUCCAAGUAAUUUGGAGAUUACGUAUUUGGGCAUGGUUCGGUCGUCAUUCUAUGGCAUUUUAUCUUUGUCAUGGUAUCGUAUUUUGGACAUGGGGUGCUUGGCUUUGUUUGACAAUGUUGGAAAAAGGUGCACCCUAUUGGGCUGCCACUUUGGUAACUUUUAUCACUUCUUAUAUCUUUUUAUCAGUCUUUGCCGUCUGCUUCACAUACACUUUCGAACAUUGGGCUCUGCUAUUCUCCAAAGCCGUUUGGAGAGCAUCAAGCGGAGGUUAUGGUCGCAAGGUUUAAUCACACAUAUAUACAUACACACUCAUUUUUUUACUAGAUGUACAACUUUAGCAUUCCUUCUAUCUUUUCAUUGC